UGGCUGCAAGGAGGGGACAUGUUAUCUGGCGGGUGGGGGCUCUUCGCCUUCAGACAGAGCAGCAUCGAGGGGCUCCGUGCCUUCCAGCCCCUCUGCUAGCCCUCCUUCCUGGCUGCUCUUGCAUACACCCGGCACCCAGCCCUGCUGUGAAGCCGCGCGGGGACCAUGGCGAGGAAGUGACUGCUCUGGCUUAGCCACAGUGCGGUGGGGAAGGCACUCUCUGAGGGGGCGCAGUGGAAGGAGCUGUCAGGACUAGCGACUUCCCUUUCUUUCUGGCUUGCUGAAGUGCUGGACAGCUCCCGAAGCCCUCUGGGAAGCCGGGAAAGAGCAGCAGCAGCAGCCCAGACCUGCUGGGGUAACGUCAUAAUCACGGCCCUACAAUCAGUGGGAACAGAUCCGGAGGUUGAUCUGGUUGGCCUGAACCGUCCAAGGAGGAUGUCGCCAUUGCAUUGGACAUACUGGCUGACCUCUUGCUCUCUUGCCAAGGUCUUGAUUGCCUCGUUACUCUUUGCGGAGCGGGCCUCCUGGGCUGGAGCAUAUGAAGCUGACCCAACGGCCCCCAACAAGAGCUGCGUAGGAUCCAAUGAAUGUAAACCAGGAGUGCUGCUCCCAGUCUGGCAGCCAGAUAACCCCUCCUUUGGGGACAAGGCAGCCAGGGCCAUUGUCUACUUUGUCGCCAUGAUGUACAUGUUCCUGGGAGUCUCCAUCAUCGCUGACCGUUUCAUGGCGUCCAUUGAGGUGAUCACGUCCAAGGAGAAGGAGAUCACCAUCACCAAAUCCAAUGGUGAGACCAGCAUUGGGACUGUCAGGAUCUGGAACGAGACGGUUUCCAACCUCACCCUCAUGGCGCUGGGCUCCUCAGCGCCAGAAAUACUCCUCUCGGUCAUUGAGGUAUGCGGCCACAACUUCCAAGCUGGUGAGUUGGGUCCUGGCACCAUAGUCGGCAGUGCAGCGUUCAACAUGUUCGUGGUGAUUGCCAUCUGUGUGUACGUCAUUCCCGCCGGCGAGAGCCGCAAGAUCAAGCACCUGCGAGUCUUCUUUGUCACGGCCUCCUGGAGUAUCUUUGCCUACAUCUGGUUGUAUCUGAUCUUGGCCGUCAUUUCACCGGGGGUGGUGCAGGUCUGGGAAGCUUUGCUCACCCUGGUCUUCUUCCCCAUCUGUGUGGUCUUUGCCUGGAUGGCUGACAAAAGGCUGCUCUUCUACAAGUAUGUGUACAAGAGGUACAGGGCUGACCCACGCAGUGGUAUCAUCAUUGGGACCGAGGGCGAGUUCCCCAAAGGUAUAGAAAUGGAUGGCAGCUUCAUCGGCAAUGACCACCGGGAGAGUGUCUUUGUUGACGGGAGCGCAGCCUCGGUGGCCCCUCUCCCUGUCACUACCCAGGAAGAGAAAGAGUUAGACGAGAGCCGCAAGGAAGUUAUCCAGAUCCUCAAAGACCUCAAGCAGAAGCACCCAGACAAAGAACUUGAGCAGCUGGUAGAAAUGGCCAACUACUAUGCUCUCUUGCAUCAGCAGAAGAGCCGCGCGUUCUAUCGCAUCCAGGCCACCCGCAUGAUGACCGGGGCGGGCAACAUUCUUAAGAAGCAUGUCUCCGAGUUCUCCAAGAAGUCGGCCAAUCUGUUGGAGGUGCCGUCGGAGGCAGAAGUAGAAGAGAACUACAGCAAAAUCUUCUUCGAACCCUGCAUGUACCACUGCUUAGAGAACUGUGGCUCAGUCACUUUGACUGUGGCUUGCCAGCAGGGCGGUGAUACCUACAACACCUUCUACGUAGACUACAAGACGGAGGACGGCUCAGCCAAGGCAGGCUCCGACUACGAGUACAGCGAGGGGACGUUGAUCUUCAAGCCUGGCGAGACCCAGAAGGAACUGAAGAUUGGCAUCAUAGACGAUGACAUCUUCGAGGAGGAUGAGCAUUUUUUCGUCCGUCUGCUCAACCUGCGGGUCGGGGAUGCCGAGGGCAUGUUUGAGUCGGACUCAGCCGACCACCCCAAAGGGCGGCUCAUGGCCCCAUUGGUAGCCACUGUGACCAUAUUGGAUGAUGACCAUGCUGGCAUCUUCACCUUCCAAGACAAACUGUUGAGGGUCAGCGAGUGCCAAGGGACCCUGGAAGUCAAGGUGAUCCGAAGCUCAGGGGCCCGUGGGACGGUCAUGGUCCCCUACCAGACGGUGGAGGGGACUGCACACGGAGGGGGCGUGGAUUUUGAAGACUCCUGUGGGGAGCUAGAGUUCAAGGACGACGAAACAGUGAAAUCCCUUUAUGUGAAAAUUGUGGAUGUUGAAGAGUACGAGAAGAAGGACAGCUUCUUCAUAGAGCUGGGGCAGCCCCGAUGGCUGAAAAGGGGCAUCUCCGCUCUUUUGCUCAAUCAAGUGGACGCUGACAAGAAGCUCUCAGCCGAAGAGGAGGAGGCCCGGAGGAUUGCCGAGAUGGGCAAGCCCAUCCUGGGGGAGAACUCCCGCCUUGAAGUCAUCAUUGAGGAGUCCUACGAUUUCAAGAACACAGUGGACAAGCUCAUCAAGAAGACCAACCUGGCACUGGUGAUAGGCACACACUCCUGGCGGGAGCAGUUCCUAGAAGCCAUCACCGUGAGUGCCGGUGACGAGGAAGAUGAGGAAGAUGGGCGCGAGGAGCGGCUCCCGUCCUGCUUCGACUACGUCAUGCACUUCCUGACCGUCUUCUGGAAGGUUCUCUUCGCCUGCGUGCCGCCCACUGAGUACUGGAACGGAUGGGCCUGCUUCAGCGUCAGCAUCCUGGUGAUUGGGAUGCUGACGGCGCUCAUCGGGGACCUGGCCUCCCACUUUGGCUGCACAGUUGGCCUCCAGGACUCUGUCAACGCCGUUGUGUUUGUGGCGUUGGGCACAUCCAUACCAGACACCUUCGCCAGCAAGGUGGCCGCACUACAGGAUCAAUGCGCUGACGCCUCCAUCGGCAACGUGACAGGCAGCAAUGCGGUCAACGUCUUCUUGGGCCUGGGCGUGGCCUGGUCGGUGGCGGCCAUCUACUGGGCCUUCAAAGGCCAAAACUUUGAGGUGAAGACAGGCACCCUGGCCUUCUCCGUCACCCUCUUCACCAUCUUCGCCUUCGUCUGCAUCAGCGUCCUCAUGUACCGGCGCCGGCCGCACAUAGGGGGUGAGCUGGGAGGUCCCCGAACCGCCAAAAUCCUCACCACUUGCCUCUUUGUGGGCCUGUGGCUGCUCUACAUCCUCUUCUCCAGCCUCGAGGCCUACUGCCACAUCAAGGGCUUCUGAGGAGCCCUGACCACAGCACAAGGUGGCCAGACGGGAUGCUGGAGAGAAGACCGGCCACAAGGGGGCACCCUCUGCAAAGAGGCGCCCUUUCCCCACAGUGCCGAGCGACUCCUUUAAAAAACAAACAAACGCCACCAUCCAAGUGGGACACGGAAUCCCUUCUCUCCCUCCUCACUGCAGGAGAAGAUGCCUGCCCCAGUUCUGCCCACUGAUUUUGCAGGCACCCCCUGAUUGUUGGUCCCCACCCACCCAAAAAGCAAGAAACUGCUCCCGCCCCCUGCAGCUGUAGCAAGAUGCCUGCUACAUUCCAGAACGGGGGACGGGAAUCUAUCCUCUCCACUUACAAGAAACUAGGUGUGCAGAAGAGCUGGCUGGUGUGUUCUGUGGCUGCCCACCCCUGUGGAAGGACCCGGGACACAUCUCUUGGAGCGCCCUCCAGUGGUUCUACAGCGCUACUGCAGCUGGGACCGGGACAUCAGCGGGGGGCCCUCUUCUCCCCAAAAGGCUGAUCAGAAACAUAGCCCCUCCUGCUCAAACGCUCUUUCUUUUUCGACUGUGGAGGGCAUGUGGGAUGGGAGGUGGCGUCUUUAGAGAGGGAAGCCUGCAUCGACAGCAAUGCAGAUAGAGUUUUCUUCUUUUGAUCUCUGUUUUCCGUUAGGCUUUGUCAAUAGCUUUCUUGUGCUUCAAAGAACGUUUGUCUGGCUUGGGGUUAUGCCACGGCCAGAGAGAGGUGGGCAGCUCAUAUCUGCCUCGUCUGGACUCAAGCAAAAAGGAAGGGGGUGGCUGCUCCCAACAUUAACAGACACCCCAUGCAGUUUUUGAAGGUGGAUAAGAUAUGAGUGCAGAAGAAAUUGUUGCAGGGGGGUAUGCAUUUGUUUAGACGAUGGCACCAUAGUUCAGUAGUACAGCAUCUGCUUUGUAUAUGGAAGGUUCCAGGUUCAAUUCCUGGCAGCAUCUCCAGAUACCAUUGGGAGAGACUCCUGCCUGAAACCUUCUAGAAGCCACUGCCCGUCAGUGUAGACAAUGCUAAGCUAGAUGGGCCAAUGGUCUGACUCAGAUGGCAGCUUCCUGUGGUCCUAUAACACCCCUGCUGGGAUUUUGUGCGUGUGAGAGAUUGUGUUCUCAUAAUGGCCAAUAAUCUAUGGCUCUCUGGCUGUCGUUGGACUACAACUCCCAUCAUCCCUGGUUGCAGCCGUGGCUAGGGAUGAUGGGAGUUGUGCUCCAAUAACAAUUGGAGAGCCUCAGGUUGUCCCAACAUAAGCUGUGAUUUAAAUGGAAACGGCAAUGUGCUUUUAAAUGUCGCUCUCAUGGGCAGCAGGAGUUAAAAACAAGUGUAUGUACCCGUUUUUAAAGUAGACUACACAAGCUCCAUCUCUGAACUAUCACGAGAGAGGUGCCCUCUCUGCUUCCUUCCUAGGAUUUCUCUACCCAGGAUUCCCUAGAAAGUUCUCCCACAGUUCCAACUUAUGAGACAAAUCAUGCUGCAAUGAAUGCCGAUUUCAGGUGGGAUGCAUCAAUCACACACACCCCCGCCACAUUUCCCUGGGACUCGCGGCGCUGGUGUGGAGAGCUUCACAGGAUGCACCCAUUUCUAUGCGAUUCCAUCCGUGUCGGAUGGGAACCAGCUGUGGGGACACAGUCGUUUCGCUGCACGUUUCGGAACCCAGCGGAAGGUGCUGGGCCUAUCACUUUGCUGAGAAUGCAUCCUGAUCAUGGGGAGAAAGUUAUGGAUCGUGGCCUCUCGUCAAUCCUGAGCAUGCGAACGAUGCAACAAUCAGGGACGCUGUUUGGAGCGGACACUCAUUGCCUUUGGUCAUGUGAAUGUGCUGACCCGUGUUUGUAGGUUUUUUUCCUACCAAAUUUCCUUCCAGGGGCUUAUAAAUGGCCCUUCCUAGAGAGAGACAAAAAUGUGUGUCCAGACUUACUUUAAUGCCACUGGAACACGUUUUAGAUAUUUAAAAGAAAAACAGACACACACACACACACACACACACUGCCCACGCAACUUUGGGCAACAAAAGAACACAUUUCUUGUUCCCACUCCCAGUAGACAUGUCUCAUUCUGAGGUGAGCCAGCCAGACAUGGUGUCCGGGCCUGUGUGGAAUGGAAGGGACUGGAAAGCAGCCUUCGCUCAGAAUAGUCUAUGUAGAAACAGGAAGUGCAGCCAUCUUGAAGCUGGCAACACUCCUCUGGAACCCGCUUCUGACUUCUUUUGCUUUUGAACAGAACGUUCCUCUUAACCUCCUCUUCUUCUUGCCAUGGUGCCACUACCUGAGUGGGGAAGAAUAGACCCCCAGUAUUAUUCAGUUCCCCGCCGCUGCCUUUGACAUGCAAUCCUCUCCGUUUCCUUUGGAUAGUAGAGUAGACGCAGUCUUCAGUGGGGCCUCUUCCUAGGAAGAGGGGCUAGAAACAAGAGGAGUCCAGCUGGUUGGGGUGGAGCCAUAAGGCAGCUUGGGGAGGAGAGCUGGUCUUGUGGUAGCCAGUGUGAAUUGUCCCCUUUGCUAAGUAGAGCCCUCCUUGGUUUGCCUUUGGAUGGGUGAGCCCUGUCUGCUGGAAGGUAUUCCCCUUAGGGGAUGGGGCUACAGAUCAGUGGAAGAACAGCGGCAGGCUUGAAUGCAGACAGUCUCAGAUUCACUCGCUGGUGGCAUCUCCAGGUAAGGCUGCCUGAAACCUCAGAGAGCCGCUGCCGGUCAGAGUGGACAGUACUGAGCUAGAUGGACCAAUGCUGUAAGGAAGAUUCCUGUCUCCCUAUUUCUGCUCCUGGCAGAAUCUAAAGUUUACUUGCUUUUCGGCUCACAAAAGCCAGUUCUACUUGGAAGAGCGCACGUUUUACUCGUCGGAUUGGUGAAAGAGCAGCCGGUUUGCCCAUCUCUAACGGCAGCAGGAAGACAGAGGCAAGCUUCCCUCUGGCCAUGCCCUUCACUCCAUCAAUCCUGCAUCACACAGUUCUGUGUCCACCAACUGAUCUGAGUUCGGAACAUAGGCAGCUGCCACCUACCGAGUCAGACCACUGGUCCAUCUGACUCAGUAUUGUCUACACAGACUGGCAGCGGCUUCUCCAGGCAGGAAUCUCUCUCAGCCCGAUCUUGGAGAUGCUGCCAGGGAGGGGACUUGGAACCUUCUGCUCUUCCCAGAGCAGCUCCAUCCCCGGAGGGGAAUUUCUUACAGUGCUCACACUUCUAGUCUCCCAUUCAGAUGCAAAGCUGGGCAGACUCUGCUUCACAAAGGGGACGAUUCAUGCUUGCUGCCACCAGCCUAGCAGGUCCAUCCACGUAUCCAUCCAGGCGGUAGGGUGACAGGCGUUGCACAGCAGGGCACUAGAUUUCAGACUUUCUCCUUCCAUUGUUACCAAUUCUUCUGUGGAACCAGCCAGCCACACACAUGGCGCUUUACAGCACAGCAAAAUCCAGAGGUCUCUGACUGCGAGGAGCUUCCAGUCCCUGGAGGCGGGACAGAGGGAAGGUUGCCGCAGACCCUUCUCCUCACCUCACGCUUCUUACAAGCCUCACAAGCUGAGGAGAGGUGCUGCCCGCCAAGCUCGCCAGGGUCAGCUCCCUCCUGAAGAGAACUGCUCUGAUGGCGCCCCAAUCUUCUGCAGCCCCAAGAAACUGCCUUGUCUUGCCCACGGUCCAGGAGCAGUUUUGUCCUCAUGCACCAGGGGGCGCCAAAGGAGGAAGCUCAGGUUGCUCCUCUCUCUCCCACCCCACCAGAGAGCCGUGCUGCCUGCAGGCCGGCUAUUCAUCAGGUAGAGCUGCGGCCAGCCUGCAGGCAGUGCGGAAGAGCGAGAAGUAAGCCAAGCUGCCUCCUUUGGUGCCCUGUGGUGCCUUUGGAUGAGCCACGACUGCCACAGUCUGGAGCAAUGCUUAAAUAAAACACACACAACCAAAUCCCCAUCUGACUUUCUUGGGAAACACAAAGGAUGAGAUCAGUUUUCUAACACACCAUGGGAGUGUUUGGGUGUGGGGUGGGGAUGUUUACCAGUCAGGGGGUUGGGAAUCAGCUAAGGGGGUUUUAAUAUCUCGUUUUCUUAACACGUCUUCUCCUUUGGCGUACGAUGGAAGACACUUUUCAGAUUCAAAGACUUUGUAGCUUCUUUCUGCUUGGCAGGACAGUGGCAAAGAGAAAAAUACCGAAAACCUUUCUCCAACAGCUGUUUCUUUACCUCUUUUCCAAUUCUCUCUAACUUUCAAAUUUUUUAAAAGCUAUGGGUUUCUCUCUCUCCUUCUCCCUCUGUACAGGUUGCCAUAAACCAGUGAAUCCUGCCUGUUCUUUAUUUUGCAGACAAACCCACCCCCCUUGUUUAGCAAAGCAUGCUUAUGGACGAAUGACUUUAUGGAUACAUUUUAUUUUGAAGUGGGGUGGGGGGAAAGGACUCUAUAAAAAGUGUGGUUAUUUUCAA